AUGAAGACGAGAUGUGCGCUCCUGAUUCUGGCCGUCCUCGUUGGAUCCUGUGCUCAGUUUACAGAUGCUGUUUACAUUGUGGGUGAAAAUGAUCAGCCAACAGAAAAACAAGAGACGGCAGAAACUUACAUGUCAGUACUUUGCUCACCAACACCUGGACCCUCGUCUCCACCCUCCUCAGUCGACGCUCUCAGACCUGCUGAUAUCUCAGCUGUUUACACCUUUGGGAUGCCGCUGUCUCACAGGCACGAAGCAUCCAUCCUGGUCAGUAGAAUAACUGAGUUGCUCUCCAUGUUUACCCCUGAAAUGAUCCCUCAGCAUGUGGCUCAGGCCUCAUCGCAGCCCAGGAGAUUGUUGAAGGAAGCUGAAGAACUGUCGCGGCCCCUGUCACAUCAGGUCUCAGGCUGGAAGUUUGUUCUGAUGUUUGUCUCGGCAGAUUCCUUGUGUGCCUGCUCGCCUCAUGUUGCUGCAGAUGUCGCAGCUGUUGUUCGGGAUGCGGAGACAGCUCUGCUGACAUUGCAAGAAAAGCUGCAUCGUGCAUUAAUCCAUGUCACAGUGUGGAGCGCGUUUCACCAGCAGGACAAUUGUGACUGUAUGAGAAAUGAAGGCAUAAACCAGCGCCUACAAAAAGCAAUUCUUCUAAAAACGCUGCAGGAUUCUCUAAGUGGUGUUUUGGAAAAUCCAAGGUGGCACAGCAGCAGUUCAGACUUCUCUGUCGUGCUACACUCUGCCCCAGUCAUCCUUGAACCCAGCUCAGAUUCUGACAACCUGGGGUCUGACAUAAACCAACUUGCUGUUCAGCUUUGGACAAACAUGCUCCAGCCAAUGACAGGUCAGACAAAGAUCACGGACAACGGUGUCAUCGCUAUCCCUUGCCCCACCCAGGAACGACCUUUCUUGAGGACACAGAACAAUUCCCCCUCUGACAGAGAGAUGACACUUUACAACAAAGCCUCCUCAGUGAUGGGGACAGAGAUACCCUGCACAGACCGCAGUCCAUCUCCCACCACACCAACUUCAGUGCAUGAACUCAGACCUGGAGAUAUCAAGGUGGUGGCAGCGGUGGGCGAUUCUCUGACAGCAGGCAAUGGUGUGGGAGCAAAGGUAGACAACCUCCUGUUAGUGAUGAAUGAGUACAGGGGACUGUCAUGGAGCAUCGGUGGGGAUGAAAACAUCACCACGGUAACCACUCUGCCAAAUAUCCUGAAGGAGUUUAACCCCUCACUGACCGGCUUCUCAGAGGGAGUAGGUAAAGAGGACAAUCCCAAGGCCUUCCUCAACCAGGCUGUGGCGGGAGCCAAGAGCGGUGAUAUGGUGCAACAGGUGCGCAUCCUGGUGGACAAAAUGAAAAACGAUUCGCGCAUUGAUUUCCUCAACGACUGGAAAGUGAUCACUAUGUUUGUUGGAGCCAAUGACUUAUGUGACUUCUGCUCUAACAGCGUUUUUUUCUCGCCCAGGAAUGUGGCCAACCGUAUCCGCCAGGCUCUGGACAUCCUGCACAGUGAAGUGCCCCGUGCCAUUGUUAACCUGGUGGAGAUGUUCGUUGUUGAUCCGCUGCGUGAUCUGCACAGUGACAAGUCUCUGGGCUGUCCCACCUGGUUUGCAAGUUUCAUUUGUCCCUGUAUACUGAAGCCUAAAGACGGAUCCGCUGAACUGCAGAGGGCCAACGACCUCAACAGGGAAUAUCAGCGUGUCAUGAGAGAGCUGAUUGACACUGGUCGCUACGACACACACCACAACUUCACCGUGGUCCUGCAGCCCUUCAUGAGAGAGAUAGUACUUCCCACGUUAGAGGAUGGCCGUCCUGAUCGUUCUUACUUCUCCCCCGACUGUUUUCACCUGAGCCAGAAAGCUCACACUCUCAUGGCUCAAGCUCUCUGGAACAACAUGUUAGAGCCAGUGGGAAACAAGACUUUCUCCCAUGACUUUGAAGCCUGUAUCGAUUUGAAGUGUCCCUCUGAGACCAGCCCAUUCUUCAGGACCGCAGUCAACAGCAACCACACCUUCACAGGCCCUCCGACCACCCCUCCUCCUGUUAACAACUGGGGAAGUGACUUCUCCUGCGUCGACACGGCUCCGUCCAACUCUGUGCCCACUUCAGUUCACAGGUUACGGCCGGCAGACAUCAAGGUGGUGGCCGCUCUGGGCGACUCUCUAUCGACUGGGUUUGGUGCAAAGGCCAAGAAUCUGCUGCAGCUCAGAAUCGAGUACAAAGGAGUUGCAUGGAGCAUCGGAGGAGACAAAACUCUCGAGACUGUCACAACAUUACCCAAUAUUCUAAAGAAGUUCAAUCCUCAAAUCAAGGGAAUGUCAGUGGGACAAGAUGGCAAACAGUCUGGCUUCAACGUGGCCGUAUCAGGGGCCAAAAUAUCAGGAAUCCCAGGGCAGGUCCGACGUCUGGUUGAUAUCCUGAAAAAUGAUUCUUCAGUGGAUUUCAACAAUGACUGGAAGCUGGUGACCCUCUUCAUCGGAGGCAAUGACCUGUGUCAGUACUGCCACGACCGGGCCUCUCUGUCGCCUCAGAGCUACAGACACCACAUGAUGACGAGCUUGGACAUUUUGUACAAAGAGGUUCCCAGGACGAUAGUCAAUGUCAUGGAGAUCUUGGAAAUCAAAGGCCUUCGCAGAGUCAAAAGAGACAGUCUUGGGUGCACCUGGAUACAACAGAUUGCAUGCCCGUGCUUCUUGCAAGCAGAAGAGGAUUCUAUAGAGCUGGCUGAGGUCAAACGGAUCAAUCGGGAAAUGCAGAUGGAGGCGGAAAAUGUGGCGUACGGGGGCCGCUAUGAGGGCAGAGAGGACUUUGCUGUGGUUGUUCAGCCCUUUUUUCAAAACUCUAUCAUUCCUUUGAAUGCUGACGGCAGACCUGACCACACCUACUUCUCUGAGGACUGUUUCCACUUCAGUGAGCGGGGACAUGCUGGCAUGGCUGUAGCUCUGUGGAAUAACAUGUUGGAGCCAGUGGGUGAAAAACAAACAUACAACAAUUUCACAAAUGCCAGAAAUAGCGUCAAAUGCCCCACUGAGGAGCAUCCAUACAUCUUCACAAAGGGGAACAGCUUGACUAGGCCAGCACCCACAUCCGACAGCUCCACAACGCUCAGCAUGCCCCUGCCCCUCAACCCUGAUUGCUCGAACAGCGUGGCCAUUUGGCUCGCUGCCGUUCUUGCCGUUGUUGGCCUUUUGAUUGGCUGUGUUGCAACCUGGCUCUUCUUCUGCUGCAGAGACAAGGGAGACAAGAAGAGGCGGAGUGUGCAUCAGGGUUGAAGAGCACUGGGUUUUAAAGUGUCUAAAGAGGAGAAAUGACAGAACGUCAUUUACGAUGACAGUAGAAAGGACAUUGUUUGUGGUGAUAAGAUAGGCCUGUCUGCUCUGUCUACACAAGUUAAUUAUUGCCCUUGAACCACAGCAAACAUUACUGGAUGCAGAGGUGGAAAAUGGCAGUGAGUGUGUUAGCAUGUCAUCUGUUUUAGUUUGGGAAGUUCUGAUCUCCUGAGUUCUGUCUUUGUCGAGUCGUCUGUUUAGUCUCUGUCAGCUUCAAAUUCCUUAUCCAGCCUUGUUUUUCCUGAACAGUUUGAGUUUGCCUGUUUGUUUCCUGAUGGGUCUGCCCCUUAUUAUAUGUUUUCGAUGAAUACUGUUUUUUCUAAUUGGACCUGCCUCCUGCCUCGCUCCUGCAUUUGGGUCCAGCUGCUCUCCACAACCGUGACAUUAGCGUAUUUUGUCCUCUUGAAGGAUGGUGAUGGUAAAUGACUGUAUUUCCAGUAUCAUCAACCACUCAAAGCUCUUUACAAGUCACAUUCACCCAUACACACACAUUCAUUCAGUGCUUCUACUAUCACACAGGGCAAGCGCCAUGGGCAAUUUGGGGUUCAAUAUCUUGCACAUUGCAAUACAGGAGCCGGGGAUCAAACCACUGACCUUCUGGUUAGUGGACGGCACUCUCUACCUCCUGAGCAUAGCUGCCCCAAUGGUUCCCUACAGUCUUUUACAUCAGUGUUGCAUCAAGCUGUACCAAGGCAAGUUUCAUGUCCAAAAAAUACAGACUAGGAUUUACUGGCUGCACAUUAACUUAUUUCUGCUCUUGUACAUAUGAUUUUAAUAAAUUGAAAACGAUUUUAAAAUUAGUAGUUUUCAGAUAAAGGAGUAAAACACAAAAUACUCACCUCUAAACUUUAAAAAAAAGUAUUUUAAGUAAAUGUACUGAGUAACCCUAACAACAGGGCACUUUGGUGGGUGUAGUGUCUGUGUUAUUUUAUGCAAUGAUAAAUUUGAUAAUAUUUGAAAUAAAUAAUUUGCAAUAUUCAAUUUAAUGACCAAAAAAUCAAUAAUUCAUUCUGACUGCUCGGAUGACAUCCGGACCAGCGAGUCCUGGGCUGAUGAUGUCGCCCGUCUGUCCAGCCAACCACCACCAGCAAAACCUUUAGUGGUGUUUAUUUUAGAUAGACAUGAGAUCCAGAAUGUCACCCCAUCACAAACGACACAAAGCCCCCACACAUGAGUGACUCGGCUCGGAACACAGCACACAUCAGCCUGCAUUUAUUAGCUUUAUCAGGGCUAUAACCUGCUGAUAAAACAUGAAGGGGGUUGUUUUAUGACCUCCAUAAAGUGAUGAAAGCCACCGUCUGCUUCCGUUAAACACACAGUAUUGGGCUGUACAUUUACUCAAGUGUUGUACUUAUGUAAAGUUUUGGAAAGUACUUGUCGUACUGUUAUUCUUACUUUCCCCGUGCUGGUACAGAUUAAACAAAAAUUAUUUCCAGCUACAAAAUUAAAUGUUCUUUUAUAUUUAUGCAUCACUAAUGAUAAUUCAAUCAUCUGUAAAAUCUACUACAAUAUAAUACAACCGUGCUAACUUUAAUGACGCCUGGUGUUCAGGGUUUUAUUUGACGCUUUCAUAGCGGUGUUGAUUCAGAUAUAUGUUUUAUUAUUAACUUUAUAUACAUUGAUGGUGUUGUACUGGACUGAAUUAUGUGAACAGAUGUUUCUUAAAUCCAGGUGUGUGGCUAAAAAUGUAGCAACAUCUCUCAAUGUAGUGUAGUUCAGUGCGAAACCACCUUUAACUGUGAUUCAAAUAACAAGUACACUAUUAAAUUUACACAUUUCUGACAAUCUCAACAAAGUCUGUUCAUUAUGAGUUAAUUUAGUUGAAUAUGGGGCAGAGCAGUUUCAACAGAUUGUACAUGUGUGUGUUAUAACUCGUAUACACAGAG